AUGCCCAAACACAAGAAGGGAGGAUAUUCAUUCAAGAACAAGAGCGUUCAUGAUUUUGAUUCCAUACAGGGAAUUUUGUUUACAUGUAAUAGUUCAAGGCAGAGAGAAGCCGUUCAGGAAGCGAUAGGAUUGCUUGAGCAGUUUGGAGAAAAAAUUGUAGAAAAUGAUACCUUACUCUCCGAUAUUAUAGAAGUGUUAGAAAAGGAAAAGACAAAACAACAAAAUGCAACAAAAAAGAGACAAAACAAGAUCAAUCAAAAAUCGAAAAAAGAAAACCCGGAAAAGAAGGUGAAUGCAUUGACAAAUCAAAUUGCCUCAUCAGAGCCUGUUGUUCAAUCCAAUCAACAACCAGCAGAAGAUGCCAUUAUAGAAACAGUUCCUUCUCUUAGUGCCUCCAAUUCCGUAAUUAGUAAUGAAUCUUUAUCCUUUACAGCAAAUACAUCAACAGAAUUACCGAGCGAACAAGGAGCUCCAAGUAUGCCAUCAUCUACCACUGAACAGACGACAACAGCAACCUCAGCAUCGGAACAAACUCAACACAUUACUCAAACAACACUGACUACAUGGCAAGUUAAAGAGAGACAAACACCUUCUGAAGAUAUUGACUCGAAAUUAUUGCCUUGUGAUUUUUUGGAAGGUGAAGUUAAAAUUGUAAAAGAUGGUAAAAAAGAUUUUGAGAGUUUGGAAACAGGAGUUACAGGUCAAAUAUUUAUCAGAAUCAAAAAUAGGAAAAUAUCACCACUGGUUUUGUGCAAGAAAAUGGCAAAGAAUUUUGAAAAAGCUCAUUCUAGAAUGGAAGACAUUUCAUCACGUUUUCUUUUCAAAAUGUAUCCAAUUUUUGACCUUUUUCCUGCCAAUGAGAAAAAUUUGACCAAUCGAUUUCAAAAAUUAUUGGAGGAUCAUAAAGAUGAUCUCGACAAACAGUUGAAGUAUAUGGUACAUUUUAAAGCACAUCACAGCAAUACACUCCAAAAGAAGCUAGCUCUGGACAUCAUUGAAGAAAAAGUGAAACAUUUCAGUGUAGCUGAGAUCUACCAUCCAAACGAGGAAUUUUAUGUUUUUCUUAUUAAGGGCAGAUGUUUAUUGGGAUACGCCAAUGAAUGUCAAUCUUAUAAUUUUAACAUUAAUGCCAUGAGACUCAUCACUACUCAGGAACAAGAAUUGAAAGAGAAUCAAAGAAUGGCCAGUAAGAGAAAACAAAACGAAACGACUGAAGAAGCAUCUCUAGAGAUUGCUGACAUGAUUGAGGACACCACCACACCUGCAGAACCUUCGACAAUCACAGAAGAUGAGAUGGCUGUAAUAGAACAGACAACCACAGAAGAUGACAAGAUGACAUCAAGCUCAUCAACAAGUUUACCUGAAAAUUCUAUUGUUAUGAUUGACAUGGACGAAGGAAAUGACACGACAACAGAAACCUUACAAGAUGAAACUCCCAUCACGUACAGCACCGUCACGAAACAUAUUUAUUCCAAACGACGAAAGAUUCAAAAUCAUCCUUCCAUUGAGUUAGAAGACAUUAAAGUGAUUUAA